GCUGCCGUCCCCAACCGCGCGCGGGCGUGUGUGUGUGUGUGUGUGUGUGUGCGCGCGCGCGCGCCUCUGAGUGUGUAAGGGGCCGAGGCUGGAAAGGAAACCGGCCGCCUCGCGGAGAAGGAAGGAGCCUCCCCCUUCCUCGUCGCCCCCCUCCCCACUUCCCGUCCAGCUCACUGUCGCUUCCCCCCUCCGCGGGCCUCGGGGCGCACGGAGCCUGCCCACCGCCGAAGAGCUGGAGGAGCCGGUGGGGCGCAUGCUGGGCGGGGGACCUCAAGGCGUCCCGGCCGGGGGCGGCGGGGGCCACCGAGCAGGUGGCCAGGAUUGCUUACCACCUGCAGCGACCUUUCGGAGGAGGCGCCUGGCACGGAGGCCGGGCUACAUGAGAGGCGCAGCCGGGCCCCAGAUUGGGUUCCUCUUCCCAGUGGCGGCCGCUCCGUUACGGGCCCAGGGAGGGGCGUGCGGUGAGAAGUGCCACCAGUCUGAGUCCAGGGCCGGACAGUGUGGCCGCGAUCCUGGAGGCCAGCGGCGAGGCCCCUCAGUUGGGAGCCUUGUUCCUAGGAGCACAGCAGCCUCGGCUCCGACCCCCGUGGGCUGCCUGGGCCUGGCUCUGACCCCUGUAAGAGGACCCCCAGGGCUCUUUGGGAUUCAGCUCAGAGCUGCCCCCACACUACCUGCCAGGCCGGCCAGGUCGUGUGGCCCUGGGGACGCUGGGGGGCAGGAGGAGCUCCCGUCCAUGGACAGUUCCGAGGCUCCCGGCCUUGGCUGGGGUGCUGCCAGGGGUGGAAGAGCAAAGGGUUCCUGGACAAAAGGCCAUCUGGCCCCAGAGGAGGUGACUGGCAACAGCUGCAGCCUCGGAAGUGGCCCCAGGGUCCCCUCAGCCCCUGCCGGCUCUCAGAACGCCUUUACUUCAAGCUUUAGCUUCAUACGGCUCUCCCUUGGCUCUGCUGGGGAGCGUGGAGAGGCGGAGGGCCGCCCGCCCUCCAGAGAGGCCGAGGCCCCUUGUCAGAGCCCCGAGGAGACGGAAGCCACGGCUGCCAGCCUGGACAGGCCACACGAACACCCUCGACUUCUCUCUCCCCACUUGAGUCUCAAGACUGCUCAGCACCUGGCAGACUCUGCGCAGGCCACCGGGGGCUGCCGCGGGCCGGAGAGGGAGCCGCUUUCCUUACUGGACACGGACACUGCCUCCUUCUGCUCCCCGGGCCCCUCCUGGCCUGUGGGCAGCAGCUUGGGGGACUCUCAGCGCUGGGAUACCCUGCUCAGGAGGUGCGAGCCCGUUCUGCUGGACUGCCUGCUGAGCGACCAGAGGUGGCUGGAGGUAAAAUCCCUAAGAUUAAAGCUUCAGAAACUUCAAGGAAAAGCAGUUGAAGAUGAUGAUUAUGAUAAAGUGUCACAUGCUAUGGCACCAGGUUCCAGCUUGGUAUCCAGGAGCUCCAUGUCUAACUCAGGUGCUACUGCAGCUGAGGCACUGAGACACAGAUUGGAAGAACUGGAGAAAGAGAAGAGCAGCUUGCACUUCCAGCUUCCUUCCAGGCAGCCGGCCCUCUGCAGCCUCCUGGGCCACCUGCACGCACAGGCCCAAGCCGCAGUGCGCCUCAGGGCCACUCAGCCGGCCGGCGGUGAUGACCCCCACGCCCCACCCAGAAUGGAGCCGAAGCUAUUGGAACCCACUGCUCAGGACACCCUGCAUGUGUCCAUCACCAGACGAGACUGGCUUCUUCAAGAGAAGCAACAGUUGCAGAAAGAAAUCGAAGCUCUCCAAGCAAGAAUGUCUGUGCUGGAAGCAAAAGAUCAGCAGCUGAGAAGGGAAAUAGAAGAGCAAGAGCAACUCCUCCCAUGGCAGGGCUGCGACCUGACCACCCUGGUCGGGGGGCUGUCCCUGGGCGAGCUGCAGGAAGUCAGCAAGGCCUUGCAUAACACGCUGGCCUUAGCCAACCAGAUUCCGCUCUGUGCAGAACCACCUGAAACCAUAAGGAGCCUCCAGGAGCGGAUAAAAUCCCUCAACUUGUCACUUAAGGAAAUCCCUGCUAAGGUGUGUAUGAGUGAGAGACUCAGUAGCACUCUCAGGAAGAAAGUAAACGACAUUGAAACCCAACUCCCGGCGUUGCUUGAAGCCAAAAUGCUUGCUGUGUCAGGAAGCCAUUUCUCUACAGCCAAGGAGCUCACAGAGGAGAUUAGAUCAUUAACAGCAGAAAGGGAAGGGCUGGAGGGACUCCUGGACAAGCUUCGGGUGCUGAGUUCCAGGAAUGUCCAAAAGCUGGGCAGUGUUAAGGAAGAUUACAGCCGACUGAGAAGGGAGCUGGACCAGGGGGAAGCUGCCUACGAAAUGGGUGUGAAGGAAAAUGCUCUGAAGUACAUGGAAAUGCUUGAGGAUAAGCUGCAUAGUUGCAAGUGUCCACUGCUUGGAAAAGUGUGGGGAGCUGACUUGGAAGCUUGUCGGUUGCUUGUCCAAAGCCUACAGCUCCAGGAGUCCAGGGGCACACUGUUUGCAGAAGAUGAGAGGCAGACAGAUGACUUCAUAGGAGCCAUCUGUCCAACCACUCCUGCCAUCUCCCCCAAGCUCCACUCUGAAGUUGAGAAGAAGACCCCUUUGCAGGCCUUCGAGGACUGGAAGGCUCACCUGAGCCCAUCUCCGUACUUUGCUGGCCGCGAGCAGAAAGAGGAAUCUUGCAUCCUUUCUGCAGAACUUGGAGAAAAAUGUGAAGCCAUAGACAAGAAGUUAUUGUACUUAGAAGAUCAGCUUCACACGGCAAUCUAUAGCCAUGAUGAAGAUCUCAUUCAGUCUCUCAAGAGGGAGCUCCAGAUGGUGAAGGAAACUCUGCAGGCCAUGAUCCUGCAGCUCCAGCCAGCAAAGGAGGCGGGAGAGAGAGAGGUUGCAGCUUCCUGUGUGACAGCUGGUGUCCGGGAAGCGCAGGCCUGAGGCGGGACAGGAUGCAGGGGGAGGAGGGUCAGCGGCCACAUCAUCGACAUGGGUGCACGGGAGGCCUCUCUCACCUCCCCGGCAUGGCCAGUGUGCCUGAAUCCAUUACGGACACAGGGCCCCGAGGGCUCCCUGCCCCGACGGUCCCUCUUUGUGCUCCUGGGGCUGAGAGCAGGGAGACCGCACAUUGGAAUAUGGAGGGGGACGAUCUGCUGGAUUUCCUUCCAAGUGUCAGCCAGAGGCACAUUUCCCGCGUUGCUCAUGGGAGCAUCCUACACAGGACUUGAAAAUCUUCUCAUCUCAGCUCCCAUUAGACAGAGCUGGGGUUGAAUUCUGCUAGAAAAAUAUCUCUUUUCCUGUACCACUUGCUUUCUGUUGCAAUUAAAGUAUCUCCUGAUUUAAGAACCUGUAAAGAGGAAACUAAAUGUAAGUAUCACCAUACCUGUUAUACUUUCCUACAAGCACAUGAUCUAAGGGAGCUAAUUAACCCCAGGAUCUGGAAUUAACAGCUUUUCACCUUCUCCUGUGAUUCACUAUAAUCUCAGAAGAAUACAUAUGAAAAACUCCAAAAGACCUUGCUUUAAAGUAACAACCUGUCAAUGAGGUGCAUUCUUUUGAUUUUCCUAUUAUGGCAACACCUGUUUCUACUGAAAGGGUCCCUGAUGUUUCACCAGGACCUCCUGGAAUUUGCCCACAAUGACAGCAGGAAGGGAGCAGGGGCAUGAAGGGAUCAGAUGACAAGUUUAAACUUCUGGGACUCUCCUCUUUUCCUCCCUAACCUGUUUCACUCAGUGCCAGGCAGGACAUGGAUGUGGACACCUUCAUUCAGUACAGUGCAGUAUUCAGUAAGAGAGUGCAUAUACUCAGGAAGGCAGUGCAUACUCAGUAGGGAAGUACAGUACUCAGGAAGGCAGUGCAUACUCAGGAAGGCAGUGCAGAACUCAGGAAGACAGGGCAUACUCAGUAGGGAAGUACAGCACUUAGUAAGGCAGUGCAGUACUCAGGAAGGCAGGGCAUACUCAGUAGGGAAGUACAGUACUUAGUAAGGCAGUGCAGUACUUAGGAAGGCAGGGCAUACCCAGUAGGGAACUACAGUACUCAGGAAGGCAGUGCAGUACUUAGGAAGGCAGUGCAGUACUCAGGAAGGCGGGGCAUACUCAGUAGGGAACUACAGUACUCAGGAAGGCAGUGCAUACUCAGGAAGGCAGUGCAUACUCAGGAAGGCCAGGCAUAGUCAGGAAGGCAGUGCAUAGUCAGGAAGGCAGCGCAUACUCAGGAAGGCAGUGCGUACUCAGGAAGGCAGUGCGUACUCAGGAAGGCAGUGCAGUACUCAGGAAGGCUGGGCAUACUCAGUAGGGUAGUACAGUACUCAGGAAGGCUGGGCAUACUCAGGAAGGCAGUGCAGUACUCAGGAAGGCAGUGCAUACUCAGGAAGGCCAGGCAUAGUCAGGAGGGCAGUGCGGUACUCAGGAAGGCAGCAGUGCAUACUCAGGAAGUCAGUGCAUACUCAGGAAGGCAGUGCAUACUUAGGAAGGCCGGGCAUAUUCAGGAAGGCAGUGCAUACUCAGGAAGUCAGUGCAUACUCAGGAAGGCCGUGCAUACUUAGGAAGGCCGGGCAUACUCAGUAAUGUGGGGCAUUGUAGGCCCCUCUUUGCUGAGGCAGCUGUAAAGCAGGCUAAGGUUCAAUUAGGCAGCACCUCAGAGUUGCACUGAGGAAGGCAGCCUCUGAGAGAUGCUCCAGGAAUGAACGGGUCUCCCUCAGUCAAAUACGUUUGGGGAAUCUGCCAUGCCAUAAUUUCUGGCUGGAGAGCCACAUUGCACAUUAGCAUAUUUGACUAGGACAGAGCUCAGUAAAGAAACCCACUUGAUUUUUUUUUUUUUUUUGGUCUAACCCAGACUUCCCAAGUUUAAUGGAUCAUAGAUUUUAUUUAAGUCCUAUUAAUAAUCCCACCAAUCUUGUGUUGGGCAGGCCUGCAUUCUCUGGGGAAGUCAUGGUCCAAAUACAGAUUUCCAUCAUGUGUAUAGGUGUGCUAGCAACCGGAUUCAAGCUUUUGCAGUGUCUAGCUUGGUAACUACAUGCUAGUGUUUGUGCUUCUAAUUGACUUAUUGGGUUUUUUGUUUGUUUCUGUUCUCAUUUAUCCUCAUAAGAAUAGUGAUGGUCCUGCUUUCAUUAGGAUCUGUGGACCAUGGACAGUUCUUGUCAUUUCCUGAAGUCACGCUGUCACUUCCGGAAGGCAGCUGGUGCUUUGCUAAGCCUCCCGUGCUGGGCAGUACUUCCAUCCUCAAAGAGAUGCCCUGCUUAAGCCGGCAACUGGCCAGGGUCCAGGGAACAAAGCAAAAGCACAGUAUGUGAAUUUGCUGUGUUUCAUCAGUUUUAUCUUCAGCAUUUAAAAAUAUGUAUAUAUACUGUAUAUAUUUCAAUAAUAAGUAUAUUUUAUUUCUAGGAAUUCUUGGUUUUUUAAUAAUGAGCCAAAUUAGUAAAUUAUUUAUAAUCAUUUCUAAAAAAUAUUGUGUACUAGUCACAUGGCACUUGGAAUCCUCGAAUCCCUGAAUUAAUUCCAAUGGAGCAAAACUUGGCAAGAAUCAGGAUUGACUGUAUUAGCAAUAAUGAAUGUCUACUUUGACAUACAUCAUUUUUAAAAGGCCCCCGGACACAAGACAUCUGAACAGUCACUAACCCAGUGGUGUGUGUUACUCAGACAUCAUCAUGAAUAUUUCUGUGAGGUCAUGAUGUAUUUGAACAUUCUGGAAGCUAAUAAGAGCUGUGAGUAUACGCCAUAUAAGAAUUCUCUGGUACCUGUGGUUGGGCAGUGUGUUCAAUUCCUCUUUGAGAUGCUUGAACAAGUCUAAGUUUUGGGGCAGGUGAAUGAUGCUUUAACCACAUAGUGCAACCUCUCCCUAGCCUAUGCUGGUGUCAGAGUCAGCCAGGAAGGCUGCUAAAGACCAGGGCAUAUCCUCUGGCCACACCGUCUCCUCAGGACAAGUGCCCUCUUCAGCCACCGUGACCUUGGAAGACCCAGGGUUGUGUAUCCCAAACCAUAACACGGGCCAGUUUUUGCCAGGGUUGAAUUUAAAAGCAACGAAUUGAAGCUUUUACGGAGAUAGUCAAGACCACAAGCCACAGUGCAGAUUGAAAAUGGUGACAUGGAGUCUGAUAUCACCGUGAUGCGGUGUGAGAGAAUGCGUCGCAGGUGCAUUAUCUCAUUGAAUUCUCAAAUCAGCCUUAUGAGGUAGGUGUCUGUAGAUGACAAAACAGAGCCUUAGGAGACCAACGAACUUUCCUCAAGGCCCGGAGCUGGGGAGGGGUGCAGUGACAGUAGGGGUCAGACACAGGUGGAAUGCAUCUCAUUGCCGCUCUUCCUAAAGUGCCUUCAAGGUCUUUCUGAGACCUCGAGCCAGGGAGGUUAUUUGCUCACUUAAGAACACAUGGUCACCUUGGGGAUCCUGCUAGGGAAACCUCAGCUUCCCACGCCCCCAGCUAAGCCUCACUAUGCUGCAGCCAUGAACUCUAGCUCAGCUCAGACAGGUUCCAACAGACCGACCCCGCUCUGCACUCCCCCUCCCCCAUGUCCUAACCAACCAUUCGUUCUCAGUCCACCACGAAAGCCACGCCAGGAACAACCACCUACUGCCUGGUAAUGGGCAGAUUUUCUUGAAAACCCCCAUUCAACUGGUAUUUUUCAGAAAGCAUUCGAGAAAGCAACAUUGUGCCCCUUAGCCAACGCCUUCUUGUAUAAGUGAUUCAGUACUUUUAUUUUUAAUAUCCUCACCUUAUCUGAUCUUUGGAUUUUGUCAUAUAAUUUAUUGCUUCAUAAAUUUCAUCUUUUUGUUAUAGGAUGAUUGAUUGUAC